AGAACAAAAAGAAAGAAAGAGUGAAGAGACAUGGAAGAAGAGUAGCUCUUGCAAACAAGAAUUGGAAAAAGAUUACCAACCAAACCAUUGACUAGCCCAUUUUCUCUUCUGCCUUGCUCGCUUUCUCUUUGGAUCUGAGUCUCUCUUUCAAAUGGGAAACAAUCCAUUCUUAUUUGCCCCUACAGAUUCCUAUUCUCAACCAUCAUUACCGUCAUCGUCGUCAUCACAGUCGCCGUUGCAAUCACCAUCGCCGUCAUCUAAUUCAUGUUCUUCACGUCCAUCUUCCGAUUCUUCUCCAAGUCUUAAUUCUCCUUUGCAGCCUUCUCAACAAAGUCUUCCUCAACUGCCUUCCCAUACUUCUUCAAGUCAUUUUGAUCCGCCUUCUGCGGCUGUUGUCGGACCCUGUGCCGCAUGCGAAAUCCUUCGCCGGCGAUGUACUGAUAAGUGUUAUUUAGCUUCUUAUUUUCCUCCAACUACUGAACCAGAUAAAUUGAACAUCAUUGAUAGUGUUUUCGGUGUUAGCAAUACGGUCAAGAUCUUGCAGAUCAUCAGGAGUUGAUUUAUAAGAUACAGUUGAAGAGAAUCCAUUUAUGCCAACAAAAAUUGUGGAUGACACUAGAGUUUCUCAGCCAACAAUAGAGUGGAAUGGCAAGGAAGAAAGUAGCUCUCAACGAUGAAGGAAUCAAUGUUCUCUCUCUACAAGAAAAAUGUAGUUUAGACGCGCUGUAAUCCAUUGCUAAUUAGCAAUAUGCAAUACCAAACAGAAUGUACCUAAAAAUCUCAUAUUAAAUCUAGAAACGGAUUAG